AUGUCCGCAUCGACUUCAGACGCGGGCGACGCCCCGCUCUGCAGAGUGUGUUGGGAGGAGGAAGACGAAAGGCCGGGUGGCCACAUCGCGCUACACUGCCACUGCACGACGGGAGUGCACGACCGCUGCCUGCUGCAAUGGAUCCUCUCCGAGAAUGGCAGGGACAACCUUGUGUGCGAAUUGUGCACUGGGCGGUGGCAGGGCGCCAUCUCAGUGUCCAUCGCUGAGCUGGCGGAGCAGGCGGCUGCUUACAAGCGGGCAGCCGGCGGCAGCGGGCUGGAUGAGGCCACCACCGCCGAGCUGGCGGCUGCUCUGGAGCAGAUGCGGGAGCGCAACCAGCUGCUGGCGGCCGCGCUGGCGGCGGCAGAGGCGGCCGAGGCGGCGAGGCAGCGCGACUUCGAGGCUAUGAAGAGAAUUGCCAGGCGGGAUCGCAACGAGUUCCUGGCGCACCUGCGGGGGGCGCGGGCCGAGCGGCGCUCACACCUGCGCUGGGUGCCCGCGGCGCUGCUGGUGCUGCUGGGCGCCUUCUGCGCCGGCGCACACUGGCAGCAGAGCCAGGGCGCCGGCCCGCCCGUGCCCCGCGGCCAGGCGCCAGCGGCGGCGGCGGCAGCGGCAAUAGCGGCGGCGAGCGGGCCCAGCGCCGUUGGCAGGCUGUGA